AUUCAUACUCCGUAUAUGAAGUCUCUGUCCGUAUGUGUAUGUAUAUAGAAACAAACGAGCUAGAGAGACACAUAUAUUUACGCAUUAAUAGAAGGAGAACCAAGCUGCUCUAUACGUCACGUGAAGAAGAAAAAGGAGAAGACAUCGCCGGUAUACUCACCGGUGCUGAGGAGGUAUCGGGCAUUCGGGCGAGUCCAAAAAGAAACCAACACCCCACCUGAACUGUAGACACCUGCGUCGCCGUAGAAAAUUAUAACGACGCCGGAGAUAGGAUCCCGCCGGAGAUAGGAUCCCGCCGGAGAAACAAGGCUCGCCGUAGGGAAGUAGCAGACCGCCGAUGAGAGAGGCCGUGGUGCUGCCCCGGAGGAGGAAGCCUGAUCAUUAUCGUCACAUGCGAAGGAGUGAUUCACUGACCCUAGCUUCUUCCAUCUGUCUCCGGAACGGACAACCAUCGCCGGACUAGUUGCUAGGCCACGUUUCACGCCGGAAUACUGCUACACGGAGUGCCGUCUUCGCUGGGAGAGAAGCCACCGUCAAUCGGUCCAUUGCCGACUCCAAAAUCACAGUGACCUGUCUCGGGAAUAACUAAACCGCGAGGGACGACAAGAGGAGAGGCUACAGGCCGCCACUCUGUUUCCGACUGCUUCUCGAAGAGGACGAUCUUCUAUGACAGAAAGGUGAAUUUUGGUGAAGAUCGAGGUUAAAGCUUCGGUUAGGAAUUAUCACAAUUCGAGACAAUGAAGUCAACAAGAAACAAAGUAGAAGACAAUGUCGUCGCACCGACGAAUGCGGAGCAUAUAUGGUUCAACUCAUCCAGACUAUCGGGAGUGUGCUAAUUCAGAACCAACACCAACAACGUCUCAAAAACCUCAAUGAUGUAGCAAAACUUGUUGCGAAGCGCAAUCCCCCGUGUUAUUUAGGCCAAGAAGAUCCUCUCAUCCUUGAGGAUUGGAUUCGCACUUUCGACAAACUCUUCGAUGCUAUAAACUGCCCUGCAGAUCAACGAAAUAAUACGGCUGCGUACUAUCUACGUCAAGAGGCGGACAAUUGGUGGGCCACGACUGCCCCAACAUUGCGUCAACAACCCGACUUUUCUUGGGAGACGUUCAAGGAGGCACUGCGAAAAAGAUUCUACCCAGAGCACGUGAGAGCUCAGAAGUAUGAAGAAUUUUUACACCUGAAGCAAAUAGGCAUGACUGUCCAAGAGUAUCACGCUAAAUUCUUGAGUCUCGCACGAUUUGCACCCACGCUAGUUCCCGAUGAAAUCGAGAAAACAAAUAAGUUUAUACGCGGUCUGAACUUCGAGAAACAAAAAGCUCUUUGCGUUUCAGAAUGCCAAACGUUGAACGAUGCCUACAACAAAGCUAGCAAGCACUAUCGAGUGCAACAACUCCAGAAGAAAACACUCAAGAGAGAAAGGAUGGGCAUCGAAGAAGAAACAAGACAGGGAGGCAAACGGCACAAGCUAGGUAAUGCAGGGGAGACCCAAAACGGGAACAAGAUCAUCAACCAAGGCCAAGGCCAGAAGCGUAAGAAGAAGAACUCAACUGAAGAGAUGCACUUCUACUGCUCGAAGUGUAUAAAAGAUCACCCUGGGAAAUACUGUGACGGAACACUCGUACGAUGUUUUUAUUGUGACAAGCUAGGACAUAGGGUGUUCGAGUGUCAUUCAAGGAAGAAGGGAAUCCCUUCAACUCUUGGACCCAAUCGUCAUGCAAAACGCAAUGGAG